AUGGAUAAUACUUAAUACGCUAACAUUUCUCUUGUAAAACUUAAAAGAGAAGGUUUUAGGAAUAAACUUAGAAAAGAACUAUUGGAAAAAAUGUUUGAAUAAAAAAGAGGCAUGAAAAUACAAGCUAUGUUAGACCAUAUGAGGUAAAUCUAGGAAUCUAAAAAUUAUGAUCCAGAUUCAGAUCAAAAUCAGAUCUCUGAAGAAAGCAACAAUUAUUUUGAAGUCUUUCUAAUCGGAAAUACAAGCAAAAAAAUAAAAUUGACAGACAAAAUAUUAAAAUCAAUGAAGUUAUACAUAAUGAAAAAUACUUCCUAUAAAUGUUAAAUUUUGAAAGUGUUCAAGUUUUGUGAAGUGUAGCUCUUAGAAUCUUAAGUAGAAAAUAUUGAAUGUAUACCUUUACUAGCGGAGAUCAUUUUUUUAUUAUAAAAUUAUUAAAACAAGCCACAAGUAUUUUGUUUUUAUUAAAAUUAGCCUAUGAUUGUGUUAUUGAGAGCAUUUGCUAAACAUUAAUAAUAUAGUAUUUUAUAAUUUAUAGAAUCACUAAUUUUUCAUAAUCCAAUAUUAAUAAAAUAAUUAGAAGAAUUUUGUUAAAUUAAAGAUGAUUAAAAUUUUAUAAAAUUAUUAUGUGAAAAAAUCACAUAUGUAAAAAUUAUUAUUUACAAAUUUCUAGGCUAAUCUAAAAAUGAUAUUGUUUUUGUUAAAUACAAUAAAAAGUUAAGAUCUCAUUUAGCUAUUUGAAUUUUAUGGCCUCAAAAAUAUAUUAAAAAAAAAAACUAGUUUUGAAAACUAUGGUAAACUUAGAUUUUAGAUCCUAUCUAAGGCUGGAUGGAAUGAAAACUAAUCAGAUAACUAAAGUUAUUAAAUUUUUGGGGACGCUUCCAACGUUUAUUGA